AUGUACACCACGGAGCGGAGGCGCAUGAGUCUGCGGGACUACAAGAGGAAAGACCCGGUCUGGGUCUCCACCAGCGCCGGGAGCCUGUGGGAGGACUCUCUGGAGCUCGGGUCCAGCACUAAAGCGCUCAUCUCUCCCCGCAGCAGGACCAGACCCGUGUCCGUGGCCUACAUUCUCAGCGAGGACGCGUCUGUGCCACAAACUCAGGCGUCUCUGAAGUGCGUGAAAGACGCGUGCGCCGAGGCCAACGCGCUCUUUAGCACCAUCUCCUUCGGGCAGAUCUCUCUGGGCACCACGGACAUUCUGGACAGUUUCUAUAACUCAGAUGUGGCAGUGGUGGAGAUGAGUGACAGCUUCUGUCAGCCCUCUCUCUUCUACCACCUGGGAGUGAGGGAGAGCUUCAACAUGACCAACAACAUCAUCCUGUACUGCUACAAACAGGACACGGACCUGCACGCACUCAAGGAGCAGUGUGGCUCUUACACGUUCAUCCCGUAUGUGGUCUCGGCUCAAGGGAAAGUGUUGGCCUGUGACGCCACCAUCAUGACCGGCAUCAAAGAGCUCAUGAAGCCCUCUUUCCAGCUGGAGCCUCUCCUCACUCCUCUGGUGGAGAGACUCACUCACCUGCUGAACCACGUCCCAGUCCAGUCCAGUGAGUACUUCCGGGAGUCAAUCCGUCAGGACAUUCGGACGGCCAGGGAGCGUUUCCGAGGCUCGGAGCUGACCGCAGAACUGAAGAGGAUCGAGACCCGACUGGACAGUGUGGAGCUGCUCUCACCGGACAUCGUCAUCAACCUCAUGCUGUCCUACAGAGACAUCCAGGACUACGACUCCAUAAUCAAUCUGGUGGAGAAUCUGAACAACCUGCCCAUGUGCCUCGUAGCAAGACACCAGAAUAUCCAGUUUCACUACAUCUUUGCUUUGAACAGGAGGAACCACCCCGGAGACAGAGCCAAGGCCUUGGACUGCAUCCUGCCCCUGGUCCAGAGCGGAGGGAAGGUGGCCUCCGACGUCUACUGCCUCUGUGGACGCGUUUACAAAGACACGUUCAUGAGCUCCGGGUUCACGGACCAGGAGAGCAGGGACCAGGCCAGCUACUGGUACGGGAAAGCCUUUGAGACAGAACCGACUCUCCACUCCGGCAUCAACAACGUGGUCCUCCUGAUGGCGGCUGGUCACGAGUUCGACACAUCUAUUGAGCUUCGUAAAAUCGGAGUGACCAUCAACACUUUGCUCGGGAGGAAGGGCAGCCUGGAGAAGAUGAGGGACUACUGGGACGUGGGUUUCUAUCUGGGAGCAAACAUUUUGAUCAAGGAGCCGAGGAAAGUUAUUGAAGCCUCGGAGAAAUUGUACAAACUGAAAGCACCUGUGUGGUUCGUUGCUUCCAUCAUGGAGACCUUCAUCUUGUAUCGUCAGUUUGCUAAGUUACCAGAGGUGCGCAGUCCUAAAGAGGAAACCAUGGACUUCUGGAUGGAGCUGCUUCUGGAAACCUGUAAACCCACCAUCACCAAAGACCACUGCCCGGUCCUUAUCCUUGAGCCCAGUAAACUCCUGCAGCCGGCGGUGGUCUGUGUGAACGAGGAGGACGAGAGCCGCACUGUCCAGUUGAAACAUGUAUCUCCUCUGAAGAAAGGCUUACAUGAGUGGACUUUCCCCGCCUCUGCCAUCCGGGGAGUCAGUGCUUCAAAGAUCGAUGAGCGCAGCUGUUUCCUCUACGUUCUCUUCAACUCCGACGACUUCCAACUCUGCUUCCCCUCCGAGGCCCUGUGCAGAGGAUUCUGUGAGCUGGUGAACUCUCUGCUGCUGCAGGCGGAAGACCCGGAUCUGGUCCUGAACUCUCAGACUAAUGGAAUACUAGAGUACAUGUACGAGCUGAACGACAGCAGAGAUAAGGUGGUGCUGGGAAAGGGCACGUAUGGAGUGGUUUACGCCGGGAGAGACUUGAGCAACCAGGUCCGCAUCGCCAUCAAGGAGAUUCCUGAGAGGGACAGCACAUAUUCCCAACCGCUCCACGAAGAGAUCGCUCUCCACAAGAGACUGAAGCACAGAAACAUAGUGCAGUAUUUAGGGUCGCUGAGUCAGGACGGGUUUAUCAAGAUCUUUAUGGAGGAGGUCCCUGGAGGAAGCUUGUCGUCGCUGCUUCGCUCCAAAUGGGGUCCGCUCAAAGACAACGAAGCCACCGUCGUCUUCUACACCAAACAGAUCCUGGAGGGACUCAAAUAUCUCCACGACAAUCAGAUCGUGCACAGAGACAUUAAAGGGGAAAACGUCCUGAUCAAUACUUACAGCGGCGUACUCAAGAUUUCUGAUUUUGGGACGUCAAAACGAUUGGCAGGAAUCAACCCUUGCACCGAAACGUUUGCAGGUAAGAUUUAA